AUGAGCGCACCCAAAAAGCAACGCACCGACGAAUAUGUCCUCUACUACUGGCCUGGAAUACCCGGACGGGGCGAAUACGUCCGUCUCGCGCUCGAAUACGCGGGCAUCCCGUACACCGAGCGGUCGUCAGACCUCAUGAGCACCCUCGCCUCCCCCGCCAAAGUCGGCACCCCGCCGCACUUUGCCCCACCCGCACUCCAACUGCCCUCCGGCCGCGUGCUGUCGCAGACCGGUAACAUCCUAAACCACAUCGCCCCCCGAUGCGGACUCGCGGGCGUGCACGGCAACGCGCUAGACACCCACGGCGAGGCCGCGCGCGAGGCCUUCCGCGCGUUGGACGCGGACGCGCUCGAGAAGGCGGAGGAGGAGCGCGCGGUCGUGCACCAACUGACGCUGACCGCGCUCGACGUCCAGAACGAGACGCACGACGUGCACCACCCGGUCGCGACGUCGCUGUACUACGAGGACCAGAGGGCGGAGGCGGCGCGCGCGGCGAAGGUGUUCCGCGAGGUACGCAUCCCGCGCUUCUUCGAGUACUUCGAGAGCGUGCUCGCGACGAACCCCGCGACUGCGGAGAGUAAGGCCGGGCGCACGUUCCUCGUGGGCGCGCAGACGACGACGGCGGACCUCGUGCUGUUCCAUGUCAUCGACGGGCUGCUGUUCCAGUUCCCGAAGCGGCUGGCGAAGCUGAAGGAGACGAAGAAGUACGAGAACCUGUUCAAGCUCCACGAGCGCGUCCAGGAAGAGAAGGGGAUCAAGGAGUACAUUGCGAGCGGGAAGAGGCAGAAGUUCAGCUUGGGUAUCUUCCGGCACUAUGAGGAGCUUGAUGGGGAGGAGUAGAAGUGCACGCGGCGUCAGAAAGGGACAUCAUGCUUGUACAAUGUAAUGACUAGCCUGGUCUUCUUUUGCAGCCAGAAAAUGUAAACGGCUCGUCAAAUCAGCGUGGUACGGGAAUGGUGCGAACGUCGAGAAUAUCUUCCGAUAGUUCAACGCGACAAA